UCUGCCGACAAACCCUUCUCGGUGAGUGGGCGGGAAGCUGCCUGCCUGCCUCUCUGCUUUAGCGUCUCUGCGCGCCCCACAUGGACUGUACGCGGAUGUAUUGGGCGCUGUAAACAUUGCAGAACUUUCCUGGAGGCAUCGUGUGCAAAAUGAACGAGACAGAAGGACUGCGACAGCGGAGGACAAACAGACCGCGGAUAAUCACAGAUGAAGUCCAGGGCCCCGCCGUUAAAACCAGCACAUACAGCGGUAGAGUUUUCCGCAUGACUUUUAUGACUCUGGCCAUUGCACUGCUGGGACCACUGAUUGCUGCACUGAUUUUGUUGGAAUCUCCAAUAGAACCUCAGCUUUUAAGCUUUAGCGAGCCACCUGUUAUGUCCGGUUCGUUGGAGGUGAACAUUAAGCUAAGACAAGCAAAAAGACUUUUUGAGGACCAGCUUGUUGGACCAGAGUCCAUUGCAAAUAUCGGAGAUGUUCUCUAUACUGGAACGGCAGAUGGAAAGAUCAUAAAAAUAGAAGGCAACAGCCUGCAUAUGGUGGCAACCCUAGGAAGACCUCCCUGUGGUUCUCGAGAGAAUGAGCCAACCUGUGGACGACCUCUGGGUAUUCGUGUAGGCCCAAAUGGAACUCUGUUUGUAGCUGAUGCUUACCUCGGCUUGUUUGAAGUUAACCCAGUUUCAGGAGAAGUAGACAUGCUGGUGUCUACACAGAAUCCAGUGAAAGGCAGACCGCUGUCCUUUGUGAAUGACCUUGAUAUUACACAAGAUGGGCGGAAGAUCUAUUUUACAGAUUCCAGCAGUAAAUGGCAAAGGAGGGAUUACUCUUAUCUUGUCAUGGAAGGCACUGAUGAUGGACGGCUCUUGGAGUACCAUACUCUGACCAAGGAAGUGACAGUUCUACUUGAAGGACUCAGGUUUCCCAAUGGAGUUCAGCUUUCGCCAAGUGAAGACUUUGUUCUUGUGGCAGAAACAACCAUGGCAAGAAUACAGAGAUAUUAUGUGUCCGGACUGAAUAAAGGCGGCGCUGACUUAUUUGUGGAAAAUCUUCCUGGUUUUCCAGACAACAUUCGUCGUAGCAGUUCAGGAGGAUACUGGAUUGCAAUGUCAGCUGUGCGUCCCAAUCCUGGAUUUUCCAUGCCUGAUUUCUUAUCAGAUAAACCCUGGAUUAAAAAGGUCAUUUUUAAGCUCUUUAGCCAGGAGACGGUGAUGAAAUUUAUCCCGAAAUACAGCCUGGUGUUGGAGCUCAGUGACAACGGCGUCUGCAAGAGGAGUUUCCACGACCCAAAUGGAGUUGUGGUGACGUACAUCAGUGAGGCGCACGAGCACGACGGCCACCUCUACCUGGGCUCCUUCAGGUCCCCCUAUCUCUGCAGGCUGAAUUUAAAUGAGCUCUGAUUGGGAGGAAGGUUUCUUGCUUUCCAUCUGGUUUACUGUUAACACCCUCAUCAUUUAUUAAAACAAAAAAAGUGUCGCCUCCACGUUGAACUUUGUAACUCCGUGCAUUGGCAGCAGCGUCGGUGCUUCUUUCCUUUCACCCCACGAUGCUCAGUUUUCACGACAGGUACACACCACUGCAUGCCUUCGAUUCGUUUGUCUCCUAAAUGAUAUCCCACCAAAUCUCGACAGCGACCCUGAUUCUCACACAGCUCCGUU